AUUUGUUUCUUAAUAAAAUGAACACAUUAUUGACAUUGAUUAUUCUGCGAGACUUUUUUUAAAAUCCAUAAAUUAAUGUUUGUUAAGUUUUUGUUUUUCCAUGUUAGAGAUGCUGUGUGUAAUUUCUACUUUCUAGAUAGGGAGAAAGUCUCUCUCUCACAAAUUUUCAUUUCAUUUCACUUUGCAGCUCUCACACUUUCCACACAAGAGAGAGAGAAAGAGGUUUAGAGAGAGUUAGGGAUCAUGUCAGGAGGAGCGGCUCCAGCAAAGGCAGCUGAACCACAGCCUCAUCCACCAAAGGAUCAGCUACCCAACAUUUCUUAUUGCAUUACAAGUCCACCUCCGUGGCCGGAGGCUAUCCUUCUUGGAUUCCAACAUUACCUUGUGAUGCUUGGCACAACUGUUCUCAUUCCCACUGCGCUUGUUCCUCAAAUGGGAGGUGGCAAUGAGGAGAAGGCAAAGGUUAUCCAGACACUACUUUUUGUAGCUGGCAUCAACACACUUUUGCAAACUUUAUUUGGGACGCGACUACCUGCAGUUAUUGGAGGGUCUUAUACCUUUGUACCAACUACGAUUUCGAUUAUCCUUGCUGGUCGAUUUAGUGAUACCUCAGACCCUGUAGAGAGAUUUAAGAAGAUAAUGCGAGCAAUACAGGGUGCCCUUAUUGUUGCUUCAACUCUUCAAAUUGUCCUCGGUUUCAGUGGCCUUUGGCGCAAUGUUGCAAGGUUUCUUAGUCCACUGUCAGUUACUCCAUUGAUAGCUCUUGUUGGUUUUGGGCUGUUUGAAUUAGGUUUUCCUGGGGUUGCCAAAUGCGUGGAGAUUGGACUGCCUGAGCUUAUCAUCUUAGUGUUCAUUUCACAGUACAUGCCUCAUGUUUUACAUUCAGGAAGACCAAUCUUUGACCGUUUUGCUGUUAUAUUUUCUGUGGUGAUUGUAUGGAUAUAUGCUCAUCUUCUAACUGUUGGUGGGGCCUAUAAUGGUAAACCACCAAGGACACAGCUCAGCUGUCGUACUGAUCGUGCUGGACUUAUAGAUGCUGCGCCAUGGAUAAGAGUUCCAUAUCCAUUUCAAUGGGGAGCUCCUUCAUUUGAUGCUGGUGAAGCCUUUGCCAUGAUGAUGGCUUCCUUUGUUGCUCUUGUUGAGUCCACAGGUGCUUUUAUUGCAGUUUCAAGGUAUGCUAGUGCGACUAUGUUGCCAUCUUCUAUUCUGAGCCGUGGUGUUGGUUGGCAGGGCGUCGGCAUUUUGUUCUCUGGGUUGUUUGGAACUGUUAAUGGAUCCUCUGUAUCUGUGGAGAAUGCUGGUCUUUUGGCCUUGACACGUGUUGGCAGCCGAAGAGUUGUCCAAAUCUCUGCUGGGUUUAUGAUUUUCUUCUCCAUUCUUGGAAAAUUCGGAGCUGUAUUUGCUUCAAUUCCAGCACCUAUUAUUGCCGCUCUGUACUGCCUUUUCUUUGCUUAUGUGGGUGUUGGAGGCCUUAGCUUUCUUCAAUUCUGUAAUCUCAACAGCUUCCGAACAAAGUUCAUAUUAGGCUUCUCUGUGUUCAUGGGCUUGUCUGUCGCUCAGUACUUCAAUGAGUAUACUGCAAUCAAUGGCUAUGGUCCAGUGCAUACCAGUGGGAGAUGGUUUAACGAUAUAAUAAAUGUACCCUUUUCUUCGGAAGCUUUUGUUGCUGGGAUCUUGGCCUAUUUCUUGGACAACACGUUGCAUAAAAAGGACGGUGCGAUCAGGAAAGACAGGGGUAAGCACUGGUGGGACAAGUUCAAAAACUUCAAAGGCGAUACGAGGAGCGAAGAGUUCUACUCUCUGCCCUUCAAUCUAAACAAGUAUUUCCCAUCUGUGUGAGCACUAAUUUGUGAUUAAGGCUUUAUCAACUACUGCUCCCUUAAACAAAGUUCAGAAUAGCCAUGUACCUGGAAUUGCAUUACAAAUAGGUUUCUUGCUACCCUCCUGUCAAUCUUAUCACACGCUCUAUCGCGGUACACGAUAAUAUUAAGUUCAAUUUCUGUCUUUAUAGGAUGCCUUGAAACAUUUGUUGACUAGAGUUCUUUCUUUCCUUUUUGACUGUAAAUCCAAUGGAGAGAUUUGGAUUUGGUGUAAGCAAUGAUGCAUUUUUAUUCUCUUCCA